UUGUGCAUUUCUGUUGGAAACUUAUUGUUUUGUUUGUUGCAAAUGGCAAGGUCAGGUUGUAAAUAUGCCAUCCAGAAUUACCAGGUUCAAGUAUGUUGAAAGUCUCACUAACGGGAGCAAGAUGGAUUGCACACAGUAGGCUGACUCAGCAUGUUCAUGUCUCGGUGCGGCAUCUCAACGUGCAGGAGACAGCUACUGCUCUACGUCCAUUCUAUUUUGUUGUGCAUCCAGAUCUGUUUGGAAAAUAUCCAAGGGAGCGGUCUGUGAACGAGGAGUCUUUGAAGCGAUUACAUGAGUAUAUCACAUGUCUACAGAGGUCAGGGUCAGCUCACCCGACUGUCCUUCAGUUCUUCUUUCGCCCACAGCAACUUUCAACAGAGAAACCUGCUCUUCAAAGUGUGAACGUUUCGUUGGCAUCACGUGAUGUACGAGACACAGUUAAAACAAUUCUCAGCUCUUUCCAUCUCCCCCUGGACUACAUCAGCUCCGUGCCGCUCAAAACCUCCUCAGCCAGUGGUCAGACUGACCGACCAAUCGACUGGCCCGUCUACUAUGCAGCAACAGGGAAACCAGAUCCCAGGGAAAGACCUCCAAGUUCUGUCAAUAUCACUCUCAGGUCAUGGUUGUUGAAAAAUAUAGAGAGAUCUCGAAGUUUCCUGGAUUCUAGUCAGUCUACAAAAGAGGACAUUAACAGGAUCUGCAGCGCUCUCCAGGGCUCCAUAGGGCUGUCCAACAUCCGCUGGGAGAGUGUGUGGGGAUUCAGCCAUUUCAGGGGAUGUGUCAAAAGUUUCUACAGACUUUAUACCGAACACCCAGAAAGAGUUGGGGGUAUUCUCAAAGGACGUUCUCUGGUGUUCAGUAACAGUACGGGUGUAUCAGUCCAUGGAGAGAUUGUCCUCAGCAGUGAAGAUGUCCCUACCUACUGGAUGACGCUGUUGAUGUCGGUGAGAUCGUAUGAGGCGGUGUUGGAGAGGUUGCCGCUGAUGGAGGAUAAGCUGUCUCAGCUCCUGAACAACAUCCAGAUUGUGCGCCGGAAACGGAGACAUCACCUGGUGAUGGCCGAAGAAUAUGAGUUGUUGCUCAACAAGCUCCUCAACUCCCUCCGUCGGUGUCAGGAUGCUGCUAGGACGAAGCUGUUGCAAAAGAACCUCUCACAUCUGCAGCUGGUGGUUGAAGGAGAGUCUGGACCCUUGGCUCUGUGCCCCACUGGUCAGUUCCUGGUCCCAGCAUCCAUCCCAGGCUCCAUCCUCAUUGACUACAUCGCCAAACACAAGCAAGAAGCUGACAAGAUCCUCACCGACAUGGAAAAUUGUCUGCGACAGGAACAGGAAGUUGUAGAUUUGUGCCAGGCUGAACUAGAGUUAUCUGCCCUUUCCAAGGAUGAGUCCGUGAAUCCCCAGCAGAUGGUUGACUGUUGCCAGAAGCUGAUUGACGAAUCAUGGCUACUGGGUGUGUCGCUGAAGGGGCUGUGUCUGCGAGUGUCACACUUCUACUCUGUCAUGCAAGACGGAGAAAUCUGUAUUCCCUGGGACUGGAAGAGCAGCUCAUGAUUGAGAAAGGGAGAUAUCAUACACAGAUUUCCUUGAUGUACAAGAUUGGGGUCAAAGUGACCCAAGAGUCCAAGAAAUAUGAUAGUCCUUUAAAGUACUGAAAUGGUGCAGUGUUCUGUAUUCUCAAAUUGAUGUCUUUAAUUGAGUGAUUCGUAAUGAUAGGAUACUGAGGAGGCGAGUAUAUUGUAUUUUUAUUAGGGCUGAUGAAACACCUCAGGCUUCCAUACACUUUUAUGACUUCAGUUCAACAUCAAAGCUCAGUCAAAUUGAUGGGUAAUCACUAACACAAUGACAAGAAAAUAAUUGUAAGGAUACUUGAUCAUAUAUGACAGUACUUUCAAACUGUAAAAGGGUACAGUUUCAGAGUAAAAUUGCAUUAGUUUAUGUUUGUUUUUAGGCAGGACAGGAAAACCAAAUCUGAUACUUUGACUUGAAUAUAUAGCAUAAGUUUACGGGUAAAGUGCUAGAUAAUGAUCAGUCUGGUAUGGUUGUAAUUGAUACAAUUUGGGAAAUGAGUGGUACCAAUAAGAAUGGGGAAGCUUAUCAUAAAUCAUGUCACAUAGUUUAAUUGAUGAAAUUUUCAGUCUGAUUAAUUGAAAAGGAUUCAUGCAAUGUAAACUGACUAACAUUGAUGCGUGUCCCAACUGGAUAGAUCGAUGCUCAUGAUGUCAGUCACAGGAUUGUCUGGUGCAAACUAGACUAUUUACUGACUCCCAUCAUAUAGCUGUAAUGUUGAUGUGUGUGACAUUGAACAACUUACAAACUAGACUAUUUACUGACUCCCAUCAUAUAGCUGUAAUGUUGAUGUGUGUGACAUUGAACAACUUACAAACUAGACUAUUUACUGACUCCCAUCAUAUAGCUGUAAUGUUGAUGUGUGUGACAUUGAACAACUUACAAACUAGACUAU